CUAUAUGAAUCAAACUCCUCGGUGUGUCCAUUGCAUGACCCUCUCCUUCCCCUCCUCCCCACAGAAAACGCAUCUCUCUUUCUCUUAUGGAGGUUGAAGCCCACCACGCUCACCUCUUCCGCUCCCAACUCCUAACAAAUAGCUUAUGUGCAGUGAAAUCAUCGGCAGUGAAGCGGACCAGCCAGGUACGUACGGGUUGCAGGAGGGAGUCGUCGCGCCGGUUGCCGAUGCUGCCGUUGCGGCGGCAGCGUCGAGGAAGCGGCCGCGCCCACCAUCGUUUCUUGGCGGUGACGGACUCUGUUACGUGCAGCAGCAGAUGCGGGACUUCGAUCGCCUCGUCUUGCAACACGCGGAGAGUGUGCGAGCGGAGCUGGCGGUGCGUCGGCAUGGGUUCGCGAGGCGGGUCGUGGCGGCGUUGGAGGAGGGCGUGUUGGCGAGGCUCAAGGCCAAGGAGGAGGAGAUCGCGAGGGUCGGGGAGCGGAACUGGGCGCUGGAGGAGCGCAUCAGGAGACUGCGGGUGGAGAACCAGGUGUGGCGGGACCUGGCGCAGAGAAGCGAGGCGACGGCCAACGUGCUGAGGGCCAAGCUCGAGCAUGCUCUCGCGGCGGCGCAGGUGAGGACGGAGGAGGAGGCUACGGCCGAAAACGCCGAGUUCUGCCGCUCCGGAACCAACGAAGAGGGAGAGGCCGCCGUCGGGAGGGGUUGGGGGACAGCCUGCCGGAGCUGCCGCGAGCGCAAGCCGUCGGUGCUGCUGCUGCCAUGCCGGCAUCUGUGCCUCUGCGCGGCGUGCGGCCCCGUCGUGGACACCUGCCCCGUCUGCGGCUGCACCAAGAAUGGCAGUGUCCAAGUGAACAUGUCUCGAGUCCAAGAAAGGUAAAAAGGACUGCACACACAAUUAUUCUCGUUCUUUCCUCCUCCUUCCCCAGCGUCAGUAUCUUCUCCUUGGUUGAUUCUGUUUCUGUUCUUCCUAAGAAAUCAAAUUUUUCUUGGAUUAUGUAAAUAUCCUUCAUGAACAUAAUAUAAAUGCAAAUGAGUCAAGUCUCUUCUGCUAAAUGAAUGAAUCCAAAGCCCCCCACCCUCCUCGAGGAAGAAGUUUGGAUAUGCUAUCCGAGGGUGGGAUAUGCUCCUCGCACUAGGGGUGGUGGCCUCCUGAGGCCAUGAUGAACAGAGCAUGGCGCAGGCUUGAGAGAACCAAAAGUUGCUCCUGUGAUAGGGCACAAGAUCUCAUCUUGGCACUUAUUUUGCUCCGUUUAAAGUAGGUCAUCUCAGACCACACCCUCCGCUGCUCCUCCGGGCGUGGAUGUCUGUGCCAAGUCCCAAAAGCCAACACAAACAACCCCACAUCUGCCAUCACCAAGUGUGGGAACUUCCAGUUUCUCUGCCAUGACAUUUUUACCUUUUCUGUGGAUGGAUGGAUGUGGUGGGGAUGGUUGAGUAAGGCCAAAGUAAGACACUAAUACACCUCUCAGGACA